AUGGUUAUGACAAAAGCAGCAUUGCACAAAAAAAAUUAUCAAUUAGAUAAAAUAUUAAAACAACCUUUAAAAAUUGAAGAAAUUGAUUUAACUAAUGAUGAAGUUACUAUAAAUAAAGAAAAUACCAAGGAAACACAAAUGUUGCGAAUGGAAAAAUUAGAGUAUGAAGAACGAUUAUUACAACUCGAAGAAAGAAAGGAAAAAUCAAGAGAAUUAUGUAUUUCUAAUUUAAUUAAAGAGCGUGAACAUGGGUUAAAACAUUAA